GUGUCACAUUAUUGAACAGAAACUAGAAAUGCAUUUUCUAGUCAUUAUAGGAAACGUUAAUAAAUAUAGUUUUGUUUUGUAAACAGGACGUGCAUGAUGUUGAAAUGUGUUUGACUGAGCGCCUGUUUUAUUUUAAUUGACUUUCUCACUACCAUGAAUGCAUGUCCUUAUUUGGUAUUCACUAUGUAACGUUACCCUGUUUUUACCGCACCGGUGAAGUAACUUAGGGAUCACAGCCAUGUCCUGGAAAACAAAGAAAUAAAUUGUCAACGGUGGCGAGGUGUGAAUGUCAGUAUGUCAGCGCAGAAGCUUGCAGCACCUCCUCCACCCCCACUUCCCCCACCCUUAUCACUGACUCCCUCAGGGUCCAGCAAGAAGAAACUUUACCAGGCUAUUGCUGAAGGAAAGAGUCCAGUGGACGGAGACUAUGAAGAAGCAAAGAUAAUUAUAGGACAGAGACAAAGCAGUUUCAGAAAGGAUGUACAGUGGUUGCUGUUCAAUAAGUAUGUGCCAUCACUCAUUCAAGAUGGGCCACAAUGUGGCCUUGUGGCCUUAUGGAUGGCAGCUCAUUUACUGCAGCCUCCUAAGAUCGUCUCCAUGGAUACAGUGGUCCAAACUGCAAAAGACAAAGGAUACACCGCACAAGGAGAAAUGUUUUCUGCCAGUGACAUGGCCAAGCUGGCCGAAGAAGUAUGCGGGUGCAGAGUUCAGAGGUUAUCUGGGGGCAUGAUGACAGACAACACUACCAUCAUUCUGAAACAUCUCUCUAGCGGACAGCCUGUUCUCGUACCAUAUGAUGAGGAUUUUAAUCAUGAGCCCUGUCUACGCAAUGGCCACAAAGCCCAUUGGGCAGUUGUCUCAGGUAUAUUAUUGGGCUUAAGUCAGGGGUGUGUGGACGGCAAACUCUUCCCGCCUGACAUCACGCUUCCCUGGCUGCAUCUGUCUCACAACGGAGCCUGUGUCUCCUGGCCAACUGACCGUAUUGAAGAAGUGUAUGUUCUGGCUAAACAGGGAAAGAGCCUACGCUACCAGCUGUGGAAGUUUGAGACAGUGGCACAGAGUAACACCCAGCUCAAAGAGAUGGACCCUCAGAGGGUCAAUGAUGGGACACAGUAUGUGCUUCCUUCUGGCGGGGUGCAGGAGGGUCUCGCAGGUGAGGUGGUGUUACUUCACACAAAGCACUCCUGCCUGAUCAGAAAUAACACAGAAGACUUGUGGGGUCGCCAGUGGAUUGUGACACCUGUGUUUUAGACAUCAACCACUAGAUGUCCUCAUAGUUACAAUGUAAAGAUAUUAAAGAUGAAUUUAAAGGACAGACCUCACAGUUAUGACCUGGUGUCUGCAAUAAAGUAAUAAGGUCUUUCUACUAAAGUUUAGUAGAAGUUUUACAAAAUUUUUGGAAAAGUGUAAUCAUGUUUAUUAUAAGAAUUGUAUAUGCUUAAACAGAAUCUGCACACAAUCUGUACUCUUGUCUUAUCGCUUUAUUGUUCUCUAUAUAAAAGUUUUACAAAGUAAAAUAAAAGUAUAAAAUGAAUUUAUUUUGCACAAUGCAGAGCCUGUUUGAAAGAAUAAAAAUGACAUGUUCUCCAUUUUUAGAUGCAUUCUCUGUUUUGGGAUUUCUUGCUUCCCCAUUAAAUGUUUAUGUAGCACUUUAAAUAAUUUCACCAUUAACUUUUUGGUUUAGUAUCUUUGCUUCAUGUGAGGCUCUAUUAAGAAGUUUCAGCUUGAACAUUCAGGUCAGAACAAACCAAAUAUGUUGCUCAACAUGAUUUCCUGAACACAAAUAUGUCAUUUACUGCUAUCCAAAAGAACAAAAUGUUUGUCUUUAUGAUGUAAUCCCAAAGUUUCAGAACUACUCAAGUCAUACGUUGUGUAAAGGAAGAGCUUUUCUGAACCGGAAAUUACGCCAAAGGAAACACCACCAGAAUAUGGCAUUUACGAUACCCUUGCAAUCCAGAUAUUAGUCGUUUUGAUUGCAAGGGUAACU